UCUAUUCUUCACUUCUCUCGAUCAUACAAAACGAACAAAAACUAUAAUUUAAAUUCCCCGCUAUUUCCAUUCUUUUCCAUUUUUUUUUGUUUUGAAAUUCUUGGAUUCUGGCUUCUUCCUGAAACUACCAAUCCAUGGCUGUUGUUAAUGCUUCAUGUAUUGCUUCUGCUAGUGUUCUACAAGCACCCAUUCCAUCCUCAAAUGAUCUGUUCAAUUCUCCUAUUUCAGCCAUACCCAUCUCAUCAUUCUCCUUUAGAAAGCCAAUCCGCUUGUCUACAAAACCCAGCAUCGACAGCGAGCUCUAUAGUUCUGCAGAGCCUGCGAAAUGGAGGACGAAAGUUUCUUUCUUUCAGUCUUUCCUGACGAAAACCAAAGACAGUAAGGGCCUGAAGGAGGAGCUUCUAGAGACAAUUGCUCCACUUGAUCGAGGUGCGGAGGCCACUCCUGAAGCCCAAGCACGUGUUGAUCAGGUUGCACGUAAACUAGAAGCAGUUAAUGAAAUAAAGGAGCCAUUGAAGUCCAAUUUGCUAAGUGGGAAAUGGGAGCUUCUGUAUACGACUUCAAAAUCAAUCUUGAAAGCUCAGAGACCAAAAUUCUUAAGACCAAAUGGAAAAAUCUAUCAGGCAAUUAAUGUGGAUACAUUAAGGGCUCAAAAUAUGGAAACUUGGCCAUUCUUCAAUCAGUGCCUGGACUGCUGUUUUCUUGCUGAAAUGGUCUCCAAUAGAGAAGAUAUUAUUCCUAUAAAGCUGGAAGGAUCAACCUAUGGAAUUUACAUUGUUGCUGUAGCACAUAGGAGUAAGAAAUCUACUAUUGAUGGUGAUUCUUUUGUUAAAGGCGAUUCUCUUGCAUCUAUGGUUGAGGAAAACAUUCGACAACUGGCAACAGCUAACUUAGUUCCUAUCAACGCAAAAAGGGUGGCUGUUAAGUUUGAUUCUUUCAAAAUAGCUAGCGUGGUACCUAUUAAGGCACGUGGAAGUGGUCGUGGCCAACUGGAAAUCACAUACUUGGAUGAGGAGUUACGAAUUUCAAGGGGUAAUGAAGGAAACUUGUUCAUUUUGAAAAUGGUGGAUCCAUCUUAUAGAGUUCCUGUCUAAUUUAUCAACUUCAGUGGCAGAAAAGUAAUUGUCUUAUUGUUGAGCUAUAGCUUCAUUCAUGUGAUAAGGAAAUAUCUGUGCAAGUCAUAUUCAUACUUGUCCCAAAUUGUAAAGAGAGAUUGUAUAAGGCUGUUGUAGAUUUGUAUUACAUUGUUUAUAGACAAGUAAUCCUAAAUUGUAAAGGAAGCUUGCUUUAUACUGUUGCAGAAUAAACAUUUAUGCAUAUAGUGAAAUUUUAUACAAGGCUUUUCAA